AUGGCCGCGCGCCCCGGCCCGCUCUGGCUGCUGGGCCUGGCGCUGUGCGCGCUGAGCGGCGGCGGCCCCGGCCCGCGCCCCCCGCCCGGGUGUCCGCCCCGGCGCCUGGGCGCGCGCGAGCGCCGCGACAUGCAGCGCGAGAUCCUGGCGGUGCUCGGGCUGCCCGGGCGGCCCCGGCCCCGCGCGCCCCCCGCCGCCGCCCGGCUGCCCGCGUCCGCGCCGCUCUUCAUGCUGGACCUGUACCACGCCAUGGCCGGCGGCGACGGCGAGGACGGCGGCCCCCUCGAGCGCCGCCUGGGCCGCGCCGACCUGGUCAUGAGCUUCGUCAACAUGGUGGAGCGUGACCGCACGCUGGGCCACCAGGCGCCCCACUGGAAGGAGUUCCUCUUCGACCUGACCCAGAUCCCGGCGGGAGAAGCUGUCACAGCCGCUGAGUUCCGGAUUUACAAGCUGCCCAGCACCCACCCACUCAAUGGGACACUCCACAUCAGCGUGUUCGAGGUGGUCAGGGAGCAGACCAACAGGGAGUCUGACUUGUUCUUUUUGGAUCUUCAGACGCUCCACGCUGGGGACGAGGGCUGGCUGGUGCUGGAUGUGACAGUAGCCAGCGACCACUGGUUGCUGAACCGUAACCAGGACCUGGGACUCCGCCUCUAUGUGGAAACGGAGGAUGGGCUCAGCGUGGAUCCUGGCCUGGCCGGUCUGCAGGGGCGACGGGCCCCGCGCUCCAAACAGCCUUUCAUGGUCACUUUUUUCAGGGCGAGCCCCGGUCCCGGGCGGGCCCCUCGGGCUGUGAGGCCCCUGAAGAGGAGGCUGCCGAAAAAAACCAACGAGCUGCCGCACCCCAACAAACUCCCAGGGAUCUUGGAUGAGGCGCCCGGCUCCGACGGGCGGCAGGUGUGCCGGCGCCACGAGCUCUACGUCAGCUUCCAGGACCUCGGCUGGCUGGACUGGGUCAUCGCCCCCCAGGGCUACUCGGCCUACUACUGUGAGGGGGAGUGCUCCUUCCCGCUGGACUCCUGCAUGAACGCCACCAACCACGCCAUCCUGCAGUCCCUGGUGCACCUGAUGAAGCCGGACGCGGUGCCCAAAGCGUGCUGCGCGCCCACCAAGCUGAGCGCCACUUCCGUGCUCUACUACGACAGCAGCAACAACGUCAUCCUGCGCAAGCACCGCAACAUGGUGGUCAAGGCCUGCGGCUGCCACUGAGGCCCGCCCACCUGCCCCGGGGCCCUCUCAGAUCAGGGGCCCUCCAGGCAGAGUUGGCAGGGAGGGCCAUCAGAGGUCACCAAGUCCAUACCCUCUCGCCUUCCUGCAGAGCUUGGUCCUCUCCAGGGCCCUCUGCCCCUCCCUGCCUGAGGUUCGUGAGACUUCAGCCCCUAGUCCCAGCAGUCAGUCGUCAAGCAGGGUUUUCCCCCAGAGGCAGGUGCGUCAGCUCUCUGCGAUUGGCACAGAAGUCCCGUCUGAGGAGCCGACUGAGCCACAUUGCUGGUCCAGGCUGUGGACAGGUGUGGGAUCACCUGUGAGGUGUCUGGAGCCCAAGAUUGGCCGCUUGGGUCCUUCACUCCCCAUUACAGGAUGGCUGUGUGUAGACAGGAUCUGGUCCAUCUCCGCUUACCCUCCUCUCCUAAGUGCCAAACUGGGCACUUCUGGGCUCUGUUAAGGAGCAUAGUCUUCACCUCAGUCGUGCAUUUGUGCAUCUGAAGCACCAGACUGCUGGCCACACUCAGGCAUGUGGGUCAACUCCAGACAAAGCUGUAGGGCUGAGGCCCCUGGCAUCUUUCUCCCCUCUGCCUUCCUGCUUUGAUCUGCCCCUCCCGUCUGGGGAAGACAGGCCGUGUGUGGACAUUUGGCCUUUGGAGAAACAAAAUAAUCAACUCAUCUGUCUCACCAGGAGCUUAGCUCAGCGGGAAAGUCACCUUUUUGUUGAGCCAUCACGGUGGACACUAGGUGACCCUGAAUGACAGUGCCCGGGACAGAUAACGUAAUUCCCCUUUCCUAUCUACAGGGCAGACAUUAAUAAUCAAUCUUGAUUUUUCCUUUCAACUACGGAUAGAAUCUCAGCAUGAUUAUCACAGACUCCAGCAGCCACUGCCAAUAGAUCAGAGUUGGCAUGUAAAGGAAGAUUUUCGGCCAUCUUCUGCCAUGCUAAGCUGCCAUCGGCACCCCCUCCACCACCACCACCACCACUCCUCUGUGAUGGGCAGUCUGUGGCCAGCACCUGUGUCCAGAAGUUGUCAACAAAGUCUGUGUCACCCUGUGUGUCCAGGUGCCUGGUCCUGUUUAUUGGAGCCUGUCCGUCAAAGAAAAGGCCCCUGUCCCGAGGGAGUGACAGGCAAUAAUUAGAGCUGGGUGGAGAGGUUCCCAGAAACCACCGUUCCUGGAGCCAUCAGCAGUUGGAGUGUUUAUUUGAUUUCUGACUUGCUAAGCCUAUAAUUUACCUGCUGGAGCAGACAGAGUCCAGCUGCCCAAACCCUGAAAUACCGCGUCACUAAAAGCAGAUCCUGGGUCCGCCCCAACCCACAGGCACAGCCCAGGACAACCUCGGCCCGACGAUGCUCAACUCUGGAUUCCUGCUGAACAGCCCCAGGAGGGGCUCGGGAGGGCAGGCUGGCAGCAGGGCUGGGCUGGGGCACUGUUGUGGGACAGCUGCCCCCCACCCCACCUGGAGUUUGGAGGGACCCUGGAGCAGGUGUAGAGGAAGAGACCCUCCCCGUGCACAAGGGCAGCCCCAGGCUGUCUGGAGAGGGUGAGUUACUCAUUAGUGUAGGGAUCUAAGCUCUGGCCUAGAUGUUGGGAGACCUGACUUGUAAGGUGACUUCCUCCUCUGGGUCUCAUGAAGGCAUUGGGCUGUUUGAUCUUCUACAUGUCUUCAGCCAGGGUAUCUGUGUGUGUUUCCACCAGCCUUUCUUCACACUGAGCCGAGGCAGCCUCGUCACCCUGAACUCAGCACAGAUGGCCACCCCAAAUCAGAGUUGGCACCUAACCUGGAACCUGCUUGCCAGUCUGGUACUAAUCCAUCAGCUCUCUCUUCCAAAGAUCAGAUUGUCUUCUAGGCAAUUGUAAAUUUUAAAUCAGUCUGUUCUGCUGUUAACUUUUAUUCUACUGGUAUCGUUAGUGCCCAGCCAGUGACCCAGCACUUAGGGGGCCAGGAAUGGGUGUCAAAAGACAUGACGGUUUGUGGAGAUGGAGUACACUUAACCAUCAACAAGCUGUGCGCAGCAAGAAUGAGCAGGGGACAGCCCUCUGUACCGGGUGUUGUCUGCCUGCCUGUCAGACUCGGAACAACUUUUGCCAUCCAGUCACCUGAUGAAGUAAAACAGAACAAGCCCUGAGUGAUGCUACGAUUGUGAAGGACAUAGAGCCUGUGCGUUUUAUCCCACAAGCCGAGCCUGCAGGUGUGCAUCACAGGUGUCACCCUUUCCUUCUCUGGUUCGGGCACGGCAUGUUCAUCUGGUUGCAGCAGAAUAGGAGGAUACAUUUGGGGGUCGGUACAGACCUAGGACAGCAAGCAGAUGUUAGUAACCAUUGAUAGGGCCACAGUAACCAUUGAUGGGGUCAGAAGAGCUCAGGAGGUGCACGGCCUUCUUGGCAAAAGCCAUGCAGUGCAGGCCUCCAGGCCCAGCACCGAAUGUUGAUUCUAAGCUUAGCAAGAGGACAGGUGGAUUUGAAUCCCAGUUCAUCAUCUUCUGUGGAGCAGGAUAAUGGUCUUUUGCUCUUGAUGUAUAAAGAUCAGACACCACACACUUAGCAUGGCAGCUGGUGUAUAAAUGCUUCACAGCUGGUCCCCAGUGAUGUUGCUAUAAAUGAAUUGCUAAUUUGGAGCCUCUUCUGCACUUGUCCAACUGAACCUCUUCCCAGAAAUGUGUUCUCUAGGUGAUAGUGUAUUUCUUGCAGAGCUGUGCUUUUUCCUAAAUACCUAGACACCACAAUCCCUUGAGGGCAGCUUGAAUUCUUACCUGAGGCAUGUAACUAGUUCUAUGGCAGUGGAGGGGAGGUGAACCUUCAUCUUGUGUCCCCAGAGAUAUGGGGGUCCUACUGGCCAGUCAAGGGCACUCAGUCCCCACCAGAUGACUCUUCCAGCAAUGGAGUUCUUUGAAUUAAGAACUAUCCACCUUGGGUUUCCUACUUAUGGGAAGGCCUUACCUAAAAUUUUGUUUUUCAUUUAUUACAAAAUCAGGCAGAUUUGGAAGAAAGUUUAAAAAAACAAACAGUUCAAAUCAUCAAAGUUCUAUGACUCAAAAAAUCACACUAUUAGUAUUUCAGUAAAUUUACUUCUAGCCUUUUUUCUUAGUAUAUAUAUAUAUGUUUACAUAUCAUAAAUAAGUAUUUUUACAAAACUGGGAUCAUACUGUACUAUAUCAAUUGCUUUGAGAUAUGCUUUUUCUACAUUAUAAGAUAUGCUUUCCCACUUUAUGAUAUGGCCAAAAAUUCCUUGCUAAUAAAUAUUUUU